AUGGCGGGCCUCAAGAGCUUGCAGCACGCGCGCCAUGCUUUCACCUGGAAUAUGCUGAUAGCAUACAUGAUCAUUGCCAUUAGUGUAUUUAGCUAUGGCUUUGAUGACGCCGUGUUUUCCACCAUCCAGACCAUGGACUCAUUUGAGAAGCAGUUCGGCACUUACGAUCGCUCCACCGGUGAAUACGGUUUCAGUACCCAGCACUUAGCCUUUCUCAAUUCGCUUGGUCUUCCCGCAAAAGCGGCCGGUACCUUUCUUGGCUGGGCCAUUGGGGAGUACUAUGGGCGCCGGGCUUGCUUUAUUGGAAUGCAGCUGAUCUGCAUAGCUGGUAUCUCGACCAGCUACACAGCGACAACAUUUGGUCAGAUCCUGGCCGGGCGGAUGAUAGUGCAGUGCUUCAUUGGAUGGGAAGACUGGCUUGUGCCCAUGUUCCUAGCUGAGAUCAGCCCUGCCAUGAUUCGCGGAGCGACGGUGGUAGUAUAUGUCUUUGCCCAUAUCUUUGGCUCAUUUAUCUGUGCCAUAAUCACAUAUGAAACAGCCAAACUGGACGGAAACUCCGCAUGGAAGAUCCCUAUUGGCGUAAUGUGGACGUUCCCCUGCUUCAUUCUACUUUUCAGCUGGUUUGUGCCGGAAAGCCCUCGGUGGCUUAUCCGGAAGAACAGGACAGAGGCAGCGGCUACGCAGCUCGAAUAUCUGAACAAGGGCAAGAAUGUCGAUGUUGAAGCUGAAGUAGCGCUCUUGCAAGCGUCUAUCGGGGCAGAUGCACAGACAAAAGGCUCCUGGGCAGAGCUUCUCCAGGGAACUAACCGAAGGAGAACAAUGGUUGCAGUCAUGACUGCGGCUUUUAAUCAAUUAACGGGACAAGCCUUUGUCAGUCAAUACGGCAGUCUUUUCGUCAAAUCGCUCCAUGUCAUGAAUCCGUUUGCCUUCACGCUUCUGUCCCGAGGCUUCUCGACCCUCGGUCCGCUGGUCACAUUCUCCCUAGUGGACACGACAGGUCGACGACCUAUUUAUCUGAUCGGUGGCACCAUGACAACCGCCCUGCUUCUCACUUGUGGUGGCCUGGGAACGGGAACCAUUACCGAUGGCAAAAAGCGUGGAGUCUGUGGGGUGCUGAUGAUGUACGGGCUAUUCUACAUCAUGUCCUUUGGUUCCAUAUCUGUCAUCACAGGUGCAGAAACGCCACAUCUCCGACUGCGCGAUAAGACCUCUGUUGUCGCUUGGCUUAUUCGCAUCGUUUGCGACUUUGCAGUCUCUUACUCCCUCCCAUAUUUACUCAAAGCCCCAUAUGCAGACCUCCAAUCCAAGGUCGGAUUUAUAUACGGGUCCCUCGCAGCCUUGGGGGUGGUUUGUGGGUACUUCUUCCUUCCCGAGCUCACGGGACGCUCUCUUGAGGAACUGGAAGAGAUGUGGCAGCGGCGAAUCCCCGCCCGUAAGUUCUCUGACUGGAGAUCCGAGGUCGACGGAAGUAUUAGCACAAAAGUUACGCAGUUGGAGGGUCAAAGCGAGGAGAAUCUCGAGAGGGGUAAAGGGGAAGCAACUCACGUGAGACAGGCAAUUGGCAAGGCCCGCACCGCGUUCGCGUCGGGCCGCACCAAGACUAAAGAAUGGAGGCGCCAUCAGCUUAAAAGGGCCUGGUGGAUGGUUGAGGACAACAAGGAGCGCCUCUUCGCUGCCAUUCACGCCGACUUAAACAAACAUAAACUGGAAUCUAUGCUGGAGGAUAUCGGGGCCCUCCAACAAGAUAUCCUACGCACACUUGACAAACUCGAUGAAUGGACAAAAGAUGAGAAGCCUACGAGAAAGGAUCCCAUUAAUUUCUUUGGCGGGACGGUGGUUCGGAAAGAGCCAUUGGGAGUGUCCUUGAUCAUCGGUGCUUGGAACUUACCUAUCCUACUGCUUCUACAACCCAUGGUCGCUGCGAUCGCCGCUGGCUGCGCGAUGGUGUUGAAGCCUUCGGACGUCGCAGUGGCCUGCCAGGACCUUUUAAUGGAGAUUAUCCCUCAGUAUAUGGAUGGCGAGGCCAUUCAAUGCGUCAGUGCCGGGUCGAAGGAAAUGAAAUACAUUCUUGAGCACCGGUUUGAUCACAUUUUCUACACCGGAUCCGCGACGGUCGCGAAGAUCAUCUACGCUGCCGCUGCAAAGCAUCUCACUCCCGUCACCCUGGAAUUAGGAGGUCAAGGGCCGGCCAUUGUCGCCUCGUCCGCCAAUAUUGAUCUCGCGGCGAAACACAUUGCUGCGGCUAAAUUCGCUGUCGCUGGACAGCUUUGCGUCAACGUGAACCACGUCCUCGUAGACCCCAGUGUACGGGAUGCCCUCGUGGCCAAGCUAAUCCACUACUUUGACGAAUUCAGCGGCGGCCGGGACAACAGACCAGAUUAUUACUGCCACAUUUCCAACGAGCGAAACUUUGACCGUCUCGAGUCACUUCUCCAGAGAACAUCCGGAAAUGUGGUCUACGCUGGCAUCCGCGAUCGUCAGACUCGAUACUUUGGACCUACCGUCGUUGUGGACGUCAAGUCCGACGAUCAUCUCCUCUCCGAAGAGCUGUUCGGCCCCAUCUUGCCCAUCAUCGACGCAGAUUUUGACACAGCUAUAUCCUUCACCCGUAGCGGAGAACACCCGCUAGCCCUAUACUGCUUCACCAACGAUGAGACUGAAAAGACACGCAUCCAGAAUGAGACCGCUUCAGGUGGUGUGACCUUCAAUGAUUGUCUCCUACAUGCAGCUGCCCGCGACGCACCGUUUGGUGGCGUCGGAAACUCGGGUAUGGGAGCCUAUCAUGGCCGUCAUGGGAUCAUGUGUUUCUCAUACCUUCGCACAUAUACGAAUGCCGUUCCCAACUAUCUGGAGAGGUUCACGGAUGCGAGGUAUCCGCCUUAUACCAUUGAGAAUAUGAUGAAGAUAGCACCGCCUGUUCAAGCUCCGUUCGAUAGGGAUGGGAAUGAUUUGACUUCUCGUAGGAAGGUCACAAGUUAUGUGGUUGCUCUGGCGGUUCUUGGUCUUUCAGUUUGGAUGUUGUGAGUGGAGAGCGACUUUCGGCGUAUGGGAGAACAUGGCAGUGUUUUGGAUACCAUGAGAAUACUACUAUCGGUGGAGGAUGUCUGAAUCUAUGCGGAAUGAUGUACAUCAUGUCAAGGAUAGCUAAUUACGAUUUGGACGCUCAGGGC